AUCAUCAUCUGAUAGAUAAGGUCAUGAAAGCUCAAGUCAAUAUUUUAUUGGAUAAAGAAUCUGGAAAGGAUUCAGUACCAUUACGUUCGUUGCAAGGAAAAGGUGCAGGCUCAUGGCUAAAUGCCAUUCCAUCAACCCAGAAUCUCGUAAUUUUACCUGGAAAUUUCCGCUUGGCGGCAUUCAUGAGGUUGGGGAUGGCGAUGCCCUUGCCUUUGUUGGCAGAUGAGUACGAAUGUGAAUGUGGAAAAAUGAUCGAUAGAGAAGGAUUGUCUCAGCCAGUUACAUGUACCGUACUACAUUGAGCCUAAAGAUCGCUACACCACUUCCAGUGGAAGGCCAGACAUCUAUGUUGCGGAAUCAUUCUGCAUGCCAGCAGCAGAAUUAGACAUUGCAUGCUCUAUCACAUCCAUUCAGCAAAGAUAUUCUAUCUAGAGCUGAUUAUAUUGAUGGUGCUGCUGCAUCCAGAAGAGAAAAGAUCAAACAUACAAAGUAUGACUCCCAACUGCUAGCAGGAGGGUAUGCACCAACAGCAAUCCCUUUGGUAUUUGAACAUUAUGGCAGAUGGGGUGAUGAGGCUCAACAGUUUUUAAAGACUCUUUCUUUCUCUCAUAUCUUAUGAUGAGGACGGUCAUCAGAAUGCAUCCAAUUUUACAACAUAUUGGAGACAACGUUUAUCAGUUCAGUUACAACAAUGUAACGCUAGAGUGAUUUCCUGGAAGACAUCCCGCUUACUGGAACAUACAAGGAAAGUGAAGAGAAUGAACAAUAUACACAAUUAUUAAUGAGCUUUACUGUACAGCCCUAUAUAGGGCUGGUUUCUGUAGAGUUUUAGUUUGGUAGAGAUUUUGUGCGAUUGGGACAGUAGAGUUGCUUAGUUGUGUUGAAUGUAGAUUUCAAUGUUGAAAUUAUAUGUAUUGGAC